AUGGUGGCGGUGGGCCUGGUGUGGGGCGCCACCAACGCGCUGAUGCGGCGGGGCGCGCUCGUCUGGGACCGCCGCUCCCGCUGCCUCCCCGCCGGCACCGGCGCCGUCCGGCGGUGGGCCGACCUGCCCGUCACCAACGCCACCACCUUCGCCGCCACCGCCGUCGCCGCCGCGCUCCUCGGGGAGGCCACCCGCGCCGCACCGGCCGCGCUCGGCACCGCGCUCAUCCUCCUCGGCGUCUGGGUCUGCAUCUCCUAG